GUAUCAAUUACUUAAUCAAAUGAUCAGAUUUUUUAAAAAUUGUCAAUGAUGAGGGCAAUACUUCCAUUACUCUUUGUAAAUGGGUAUCCUACCUCUCUUAAUAAGAUGUCAAUAUGUGAGCUUGAAAGAUUUAUACCUUUUAUGGUUCAGUGUUCUUUGUCAGGUGAUCAGAUCAAGGAACCCAUCAUGCCAAAGUGGUGGCCUAAAGAUAUUCCUUACCCAAAAGCUUUUGCAAAAUUUAAUAAGGAGGAUGAAAUGUGGAAAACAAAGCUCCAAAAUUUGAUCAUAUCCUGUUAUACCCAUCAUGAUUGUGCUUACCUUCUGCGUUUUUGCACUGAUUUAUCAAAACAUCCAAAAGCAAUUCUGAAAUUUGUUAACAAUUGGGAUAACACAACAUCUCUAUAUAAUAAAAAUACCGGAAAAUUACUUGUGACUUUUAGAAAUGAGAAUAUUAUGUAUGAUAAGAUUAUUCCAGCGAGAAAAAGAAAAUGGCUCAAACCCGAUGGUCCUAUACCUUUCAAUCCUGAUGGCCUUUUGGGUAUAUUACCAUCCAUGGUGGAAGAAGACCCUGUGGAUAUUUAUCUUUGUGAUAAGUGUGAUAUAAUUUUGCAUUCUUUUGAAGAAAUGAAAAACCAUGAAAUCAAGUGUGAGGGUGAUUUUGUUGCUUCAGCAGAUUGCCAAGAUAUUGUGAAUUUGGACCAAGAAAACUUUCUUAAUUAUUUUAAGCUGACUAGCCAAAAUACUGAAAAUAAUCAAAAUGUAACAAAAAUUGGAGUUAAACCUCCUAAUGAAGGAAGAAAACGCGAAGCAAGGACAAGUAUUCCUCAUGCAUUACUGAAAUGUCCUGCUAUGCCAUUCUCUUCACCUGCAGGAAUUUUUCUGGCUAAACGAUGCAGACAUACUGUCUCUGAUCAAACACACACAGAGCGCAGAGAGCGGACUGAAAGAUAUUGUGAAGCUUUUCCUCUACCUGGUACCUCUGUUGGUUCAAUGCAGGAUCGAAACUUCUCUUCCUCUAGGACAUACCCUGUAACUUUUCGUAAAUCUAGUGCUGAGUGGAAACAUACUUACAAAAAUCCAAAAAAAGUGGGAAAAUUUUUGUUAAAUUUAAGUAGCCAAUUAAAAUAUGUUAAGUGCAGACCUGCCUCUGUUAAAGUUAAAUGUACUUGUGAAGAAUUUUCUAAUAAAGCUUCAAAUAUCGUUUCUGAAAUUAUAAAUUUGUGUUCUAGUGAUGAAGAGGAUUCAACACCAGAUAUAAAUAGCCAAUUAAUUACCUUACAACAAUCAUGA